GUUAGAUUUUGCGUUUCGGUACAUUAUCAUAUUUUCUCAUAACUGAAGUAAACUUUGUGAAUCGCAAGCCCAGGCUGUGACAGUACAGUGCUGCUCCCUUCUGAGUCAUGCACUGAGGCAAAACAAAUCUGCCUGUAGCAGCAAAGCUAACAAGACGUCCAACACAUCAGUGCGUAUUUGACUCCCUUCCAGGGUUUCCUUAAUACCCAUCUACCUCCAUCACAGCACUGCCAUCUCUCUGAUUGAUUGAUGCGAUGGCUGCUAACAGGAAUACCCUGGCCCUUCACAAAGUGAUAAUGGUGGGAAGCGGAGGUGUGGGCAAGUCUGCAUUAACGCUGCAGUUUAUGUACGAUGAGUUUGUGGAGGACUAUGAGCCCACAAAAGCUGACAGCUACAGAAAAAAGGUGGUUCUGGAUGGAGAGGAGGUCCAAAUCGACAUCCUUGAUACAGCCGGGCAGGAGGAUUACGCUGCCAUUCGAGACAAUUACUUCCGUAGUGGAGAGGGAUUUCUCUGUGUUUUCUCAAUCACAGAGUCUGAAUCCUUUGCUGCUACUGCUGAUUUCAGAGAGCAGAUUCUUCGUGUGAAGGAGGAGGAAAACGUACCUUUCCUGCUGGUGGGAAAUAAGUCAGACUUGGAGGACCGACGACAAGUUGGUGUGGAGGAGGCGAAAGCCAGAGCAGAUCAAUGGGCAGUCAGCUACGUCGAGACUUCUGCCAAAACCCGUGCCAACGUGGAUAAGGUGUUUUUUGAUCUCAUGCGUGAGAUCAGAGCCAGAAAAAUGGAAGAUGGCAAAGAGAAAAAUGGAAAGAAGACAAGGAAAAGUUUGGCAAAGAGAAUUCGGGAAAGAUGUUGCAUUUUAUAAUGACAUAGUCAUUCUGCACUAUAAUGCUUACUUCCCAAUACUCUUCCACUGCUUCAAAAAUACAUCAGGUUUCAUAUAUCCAGCCAAAACUGCUGGAGAUCAUCACAAAUUCACACAUUAAGCGGUCUCUCUUUCUUUUUGUUGUUUUUUCCAAUGGGUUUGAAAGGGCAGAAUAUCAGAUAUGCAUUACCAAAAUAAUAACAACUUAGAGAUGGUCACUAAAUGAUGUCAAAGGUCUGACAUAUCAAACAAGAACAUUUCUUAGCACACCUUAGCAAACUACAAUUAUAUUUAUUCCGAUAUUUAGAUGUGCAUUAUUAGUUCUUCAGCCGUUGCAAUGAUGAACUUUAAGUUGCUUUUUUCUUUAUGAAUGUAACUAAAUCGUGAGAAGAUUGAGUGUUAAACACUAACACUUCAGUUACAUAAACUACUGUGCGCAUAUACAAAAACAUAGUGUUGCUGAGCAGGAACACUUUCAGGACCCUAUCCUAAAAAAAAUUGCAGUUAUGCAUCUUAGACUAACAAUAAUUUCUAAAUAUUACAUUUAAGGGACACUCUACUUAAAAAUAUGCUCAUUUUCAAGCUCCCCUAGAGUUAAACCGUUUUUUAAAC